UGGCGGAUUUUUUUAUGUUGUUUUUUAAUGUCUUUCAUUCGGUUUGAUUAAAAAGCGAGUGGGUAUCAUAAGUAGUUCUAUGUAUUUUAUAAUAUAGGAUUUAUCGCUAAUAAUUGUUAACUGUUUUAAAAUGAUGCGUGGAGAUACUAGUAAUACUACUGCAGAUAAUUUUUUUGAUACUCCUAAUCACUUCGAUUCCCCUGCUCAAGGCAAAAAUGGGAAAUCAUUGGGAGCUCGUAGACUUCAAAAUACCGUUCCUGUAUGUAUACGACAGAUUUUGGAUCAGCCAGGCGAAGAGUUUAAACUUUUCGGAAUGUCUGCACAAAUUCUUUGUGUAGUAGGUAUAUUGAAAGAAUUUGAAGUGCAAGCCACUAAAGCAACCUAUGAAAUUGAAGAUCAUACAGGAAAUAUUUCUGCAAUUUGGUGGUUAGAAAAUGAUGCAAAUUCUACACCAAAUUUACCAGCAGUUAAAGAAGGGUGUUACGUAAAAGUUUUUGGCUCCUUAAAAAAUCGAGAUGGUAUGAAAAGCUUGAUGGUUCUUCGUAUGUUUCCUUUGGAUACCAUCAAUGAAAUAACAACUCAUCUCUUAGAAGUUAUAGGUGCACGUUUAGAAGCAGAAGUUGGUGGAAAAGCAAAUACCUUGGCAAGAAUAAAUGCCAAUAAUCCAGGUGCAGAAUUAGCAAAUUCAAUGGCUUUUAUAAAUGAUGUUGAUAUGCUUCCAAAGGCAGUUGGAUUGACAGCACUACAAACUAAAAUAUUUAAUAUUAUAAUACCAGUUACAGCAGCUCAGGGAAUUUCUCGUGAUGCAGUUCUAAUGAAAUUUCCUCCUAAUCAACACAGGGAUGUUAAUGAUGCUUUGGACUUUCUCGUAAAUGAGGGACAUGCUUACUCUACUGUUGAUAAUGAUCAUUUCAAAAUUACAGAUCCCAUGUAGGAAGAUAACUAAUUUUUGUUGUGUUAAAGAUAGACCGAAUUGAGAUUUAAGUUUUUACUGGUCUUUACAAAAUAUAUUAUUUAAUGAA